GUUAAUGUUAUCCCACUUUUUAAGAAAGGCAGGAGAGAGAAAACAGGGAAUUAUUGACGGGUUAGCCUGACAUCGGUGGUGGGGAAGAUGCACAAGAAGAGGUCUCAGUGGGUGAAGCCCCUCUUUCAAAUAAGAUUCAGGUUGGGACAGUAUGAGAACCUGAUAGAUGUGCUGCAUGAGGAGGAUUUUUCUGCUUUUAAAAACUUUACAAGAAUAUCACCUGAGCUGUUUAAUGAGCUGAAGACAAACAUGGGCCCAUUGCUGAAAAAAAAGGACACCUAUAUGAGAAGGCCACUGGAACCAGGCCUGUGCCUAGCCAUCACCCUCUGCUACUUGGCUUCAGGGGACUCGUACAAGAGCCUCUCCUACAACUUACUGGUGGCCCACAACACCAUCAGCAAGAUAGUCCAAGAGAUCCUUGAGGCCAACCCUGAUAUAUUUUACGCACUGGUUGGUGAUGAUGCCUUUGCACUCAGGUCCUGGAUGAUGAAGCCAUACCCGCACAGGCAUUUGACAAGGGAGCAGAGGAUCUUUAAAUACAAGCUGUCCAGGGCUAGGAGGGUUGUUGAAAAUGCAUUUGACAUCCUCUCAAGCAGAUUUCGAUGCUUGCUGACUACCAUGGAGCAGGAGCCCAAGAAUGUGGAGACUAUUGUGUAUGCAGCAUGUGUCCUCCACAACCUAAUCCGUAUCAGAGGUGCAGCAUCAGCAACAGCCAUGGAGGAGGGUGACUUGGUGGACAACCAUACAGGAAACAUAACACCAGGUGCAUGGAGGACUGGAGUACACGCUGCACCUAUGGUGUCACUGCAGCGAUUGCCAGGUAACACCGGGAGAAAGAGUUACUACAACUCAAAACUGGGCAGUGUGCCAUGGCAGAACAAAUUUAUUUGAGGAACAGCAGCGAACAUCAUACAACACAAAGCAGGAGGAGAGCCGACUGCAGACAAGAAAAUUUGUUUUUCAGGACAGUUCAAAUCCUGCAGAUUUUGUUUAAUUCCAGGUGGUGAACUUAUUGAAUGUUGCUGUAUCUUUAAGUUAAAAUGGCAUUUUUGCAGAUGUCUGUUCUAAAAGCAGUGCUUAUCCUGCCUCUGUUUGUUUGAUUAAUGUAGAUCUAAUCUAAAAAUAUAUAUCCUUUUGAAAGCAUUGCAUUGUUUGUUUUAUUGUUUUAAUUUUUGCUAACAUUUUAUUACUCAGGUUAAUCUGAAGAUUUACAGAAAAAAGUUCCUUGUGCUUUCUUAGUAUUUUUAGAUUUGUUGAUAUGUAUGAGAAAUCCCAUUACAAUUCACUGUUUUGCUUGCUGUGUUGUUACAUUUAUCAAGGUGUAAAAAUGUUCUUUUAAAUUCAGUGUAUUUCUUGUUCCAGUGACAUUUACGAGAUGUAUAAAUAGACUGUGGGCCGAGCAUCAAAAAUGUGUUUAGAAAUCAGUUUUCGUGACCCAAGUCACCAAACUACAUGAAAUUUUCCACAAAUUUAGAUGAAAUAUAAUUGAGAAGGAUGUGAUAACUCGUCAUUG